CCGCUUGCUUUAGGCCCUUCAUCUACAAUGAUUCAUGUCCUGACAGCCUUCGGACUCAACUUUACAUAUCUGCAUUCAUCCCUCAACCCCCUUGAACCAUCAAAAUGCGCUUCCAUCAAAUCCAAGCUUUCACCAUUGCUUCUUUGGCCGCUUCAGCUUAUGCAUCAGCGAUUACUGACAAGUCUCCCAUUGAAGGUUAUGAGGUUGUCAUCCCAGAGUGGGAGUUUCAAGAUGACAUCAGCCUGGGGGCCGAGAAAGUCCUUCUGAAUGGGACGAUCGAAGAGGUCUUGGCGGAUCUUCGCUCUUACAAGUCUCUGUAUGCGCAGGUUUUGGGCCCGGAAUUGGGCUCUACUACCACAUCUUCAGCCUUAGAGGAACCGAACAAGUUCGAUAACUCUCAUGUCGUGUGUCAUAAGUUCCCCUUAGCCUCAGUCGCCGUUGCAAAAGAUGGCAUCAACGAACUCAAACGCAUCCGGCACAAGAGGGCGAGACUCGAGGUUGGCCGGGGAAAGUGCGCUCUUAUGAGUUGCCUUUUCAAGACUGCCAUCUGGUGGUGCAAUGACGACGACAAGCCAAAGAGUAUGAGAACCUUUGACGGCAUUGCUCAAGGUGCUGAGAAAGUUUUGAAAUCAUGUGCGAAGAGGGAGUCGCGUAAUGUAUUACGAUCCUCAGGACAGGCAUUUGACAAGAUGAAAUGGAGCGUUAUCGUGCGCGGUGAAAAUUGUUGAUAAUGAGAAAGGACAACUUUGGAUUUCAAGUGGACUUGCCAGAAAUCAGGUCAACGGAUGCAGCUUGCAGCUGCCAGUGUGUUUGACAAGAACAUGAACUUCUCUCCAGCCUACCCAUAUUUCCUGUAUUGGGCGCUCGUUGCCAUGGUCAGCACGGUUGCGAAAUUGAUUUGUGUAUUACUCCAUAAAGUAUUCUAGAAGCCGAUGAGAGAUCUCAUUUGAUGUUUAGGGUCGGAUGCAAAUUGCUUCCGGCAGCUCACCAAAGCAAGAUAAAAUCGGAACCAAAAUGGAUAGUCUCACAAACGAGUUUGUGCCAUGUUUGAAAUCGAACUCGCCAUUCGAACUAAAA